AGGAUGUCAGUAAAAAGCUAUCUUUACCCAUGGACAUUCGUUUACCUCCAGAAGUUCUUGCAAAACUGCAGAUGAAUAAUACAGAAGAUGAUCCAAAACCUUUGACAAGGAUAUCAAGAAGAGCUUCUUUGUCAGAUAUUGGAUUUGGAAAACUGGAGACGUAUGUGAAGCUGGACAAACUGGGAGAGGGUACGUACGCCACUGUGUUUAAAGGGCGCAGCAAGCUGACAGAGAACUUGGUAGCUCUUAAAGAAAUCAGACUAGAGCAUGAGGAAGGAGCACCAUGCACAGCUAUCAGAGAAGUGUCCCUUUUGAAGAAUCUGAAGCAUGCUAACAUUGUUACACUUCAUGAUAUCAUUCACACAAAUUAUUCUUUAACUUUAGUCUUUGAAUACCUGGAUAGUGACCUAAAACAAUAUCUGGAUAACUGUGGUAGCUUGAUGUCAAUGCACAAUGUAAAGAUAUUUAUGUUUCAGCUGCUUCGGGGCUUGUCAUACUGCCACCACAGAAAAGUCCUACACAGGGAUCUCAAGCCACAGAAUUUAUUAAUCAACGAAAAGGGAGAGUUAAAGCUAGCAGACUUUGGCCUUGCAAGAGCUAAGUCUGUACCCACCAAAACCUAUUCCAAUGAAGUCGUAACAUUAUGGUACCGACCACCAGAUGUCCUGCUGGGAUCAACAGAAUACAGCACACCUAUCGAUAUGUGGGGAGUUGGCUGUAUUUUGUAUGAAAUGGCCACUGGACGGCCAAUGUUUCCUGGCUCUACAGUGAAGGAAGAGCUGCAUUUAAUCUUUAGACUUCUUGGAACACCAACAGAGGAGACAUGGCCUGGAAUUACUUCUAACAAUGAAUUCAAAGCAUAUGGAUUCCCACAGUACCGAGCACAGCCCUUGAAAAGCCAAAUACCAAGACUUGAUUCUGAGGGGAUCGAUCUUCUAAACAGCCUUUUGCUGUAUGAAGACAAGAAAAGGAUAUCUGCAGAUGAAGGUCUAAGGCAUCCUUAUUUCAAAAGCCUUGGUGAAAGAAUACACACCCUGCCAGAGAAUGUCUCAAUCUUCACUUUUAAAGAAAUCCAGCUUCAGAAAGACCCUGGCUAUCGUGGCUCCAUCUUCCACCAGACAGGGCGUGGAAGAAACAGACGACAGAGUAUAUUCUAA